AUGUCGCAACACGCCUUAUCCGAUGCUCAGGUCGACAAUGAGCUCCGCAAGAUGACGGCCUUCAUCAAGCAGGAAGCCAUGGAAAAGGCCCGCGAGAUCGAAAUCAAGGCCAACGAGGAGUUCGAGAUCGAAAAGUCAAAGCUCGUCCGCCAGGAGACCGACUCCAUCGACACCCAGUACGAGAAGAAGUUCAAGCAAGCCACCAUGUCCCAGCAAAUCACCCGGUCGACCGUCGCCAACAAGACACGGCUCAAGGUUCUCGGCGCCCGCCAGGAGCUGCUCGACAACAUCUUCGAGGAGGCCCGGAGCCAGCUGGCCACGGGCGUCAAGGACAAGGCCAAGUACCAGAAGACGCUCAACGGCCUCGUGCUCGAGGGCUUCUACGCCAUGAACGAGCCCGAGCUGCAGCUCCGCGCCAAGAAGUCCGAUUACGACGCCGUCAAGAAGGCCAUUGAGGAGGCAGCCAAGGAGUACAAGAAGGAGGCUGGCCAGGAUGUCACGGCGAUAAUUGACGAGGCCAACCCCCUGGACGAUGGAAUUGCCGGCGGCGUCAUCAUCCUGGGCGGAAAGGGAAAGAUUGACAUUGACAACACCCUAGAGGCCCGGCUGCAGUUGCUGGAGCAUGCCGCAGCGCCGGCCGUGCGAGAGAACCUGUUCGGAAAGAACCCCAACCGCAAAUACUACGACUAG